AUGGGCGAGUUACCCGUAGGUGUCCUGACACCUUUAAAGAACCUUACCCACAUUUGGCUAUCAAAUAACCGAUUAGCUAAAAUAGAUGAACGAGUGUUCACCUCCGAAGUCCAACAAAAGCUUCAAGUUGUUGAUUUAAUGCACAAUCCGUUUGCGUGUAACUGUGAACUCCUAUGGUUCCUCAACUGGACAAAGUCAGAACGUAGGAAGUUCAAAGACUAUCCGGAGAAGUAUGUGUGUUCCAGUCCUGGGGAAAUGAGAGGAAGAAUACUCUCCAAGGUCUACCUCCCUGAACAGUCAUGCCUUCUCCCCCUCCCUGUUAUCUUUGUCCUGAUUGGUGUCUGUGGGAUUUGCUUCCUUGUCCUAACGACAGUGUCUAUCACGUAUAGAUACCGAUGGCACAUUCGGUAUUAUAUAUACACGAGAAGAUACCAGAAGGGGGAACUCCAUCGACUUGAAAACAUAGAGAGUAAAUAUGAUGCUUAUGUAAUAUAUAGUUUGGAGGACAUCAGAUGGAUCAAGAACGAACUCAUUCCUAAAGUAGAGGGAACACAUGGUUCCAGAUUGUACAUUCGUGACCGAGACUCUUUGGCCGGUAUCCCUAUCGUCGAUAACGUUGUUAACAAUAUGAAUGUCAGUAAAACCAUCCUGAUCCUUCUGUCCAAUGCUAUGGCCAGAGAUGAGCAGUGUCAGUUUGAGCUGAUGUUUGUCAAGAGACAGCUGGAAAGGGAGAGGAAUCCCAUCAUCCUGGUCCUGCUGGAGGAGGUCCAGGUCGCCAACAUGACGCAGUCUGUGUACGCCUUGGUCAGGAUGUAUCCCUUCAUCCCUUGGGGAGACGAAGAGGAUGCCAGAAGAUUCUUUUGGGAUCGCCUAGUUUUAUCGCUGAACAAUGUACGAGAAGUCAGACUAGACUCUGGAGAUGCUCAACACCUCCCAUGA